GAAUUCCCCUAUCUGGGUUCUUCAAGCUUCACCAGAUAUAGUCUUCAAUUUCGACGCCAACACUUGUGAUUGCUUGCGAAGUGGAAUUCACUUGCUUCACUAGUUGAUGAAAUGAUGUAAUUUAACCCCUUUGGGCGUACGACGCGUAAAGCAUCUUGUUUAAGUGUUUAGAAGUUCCAAUGAUGCUUGAUGGACUGAUAGGUAGGUAGAUUGGCUUGAAAGUAUGAAGCAGCUCUAAUCAUAGGUGUGAAGAGUGCAAACAAAAUGGAAAAGGAAUCAAAGGAGCUACUUGUAAGAGAGUUCAUCAGGGAAAAAGUCCCUGACUGGGAUAACGAAGUGGUGGCUACAGCUCGGUUCAAGGCAUUCAGUGGGCAAAAAUCUGAUUGGGAACCCAGAUACCUAUUUUGGAGGGAUUUGAUCCUCACCAUUGCCCAUCAAUUCAACUUCAUCUUCUUAAAACCGUCUGAAAUAAAGAAUCAAUGGUUUUCUCGAGGCGGGUUGGCUCCACUCUGCCUUGACCAUGUUCUGCAUCUAAUGCAGAUUGAGGGUGACAUUAUAAGACGUAGUGACAUGCUGGACCCAAGGGGUGGCCAACUCUCUUACUUGUUUAAAAAACUAAGCAAUUUGAUGGGUACAUCGAAAAAGAACCCCGACAGUUUGCUUUCCGAUGAUUAUAUAGCUCUUGCCCGUGUAUUGCAGGAUAGAGCAGCUGAAGUUGUCAAAUGUUUAUCUCAUAGUAAUUGGACCUCUUCCUGCGUAAUUACAAUGGUGAAGUUCCAGAACAUCUGUGGAGGACCUGAUGAAGCGACUGCUAUCCUGAGUUACUUGACUGAAUGUGGUAAAGCAAGGUAUCUCUCUAAAGAACAAAAGGAACUUGUAGAGGGUGUAAAGCUCUCCCUCUCAGCAGCAAAAGUUCCUGGUAUCACGACUCUCGAUUACGACAUUCUGCACUUGAUUUGGACAACAGAAAGGCUUCAGCGUCAACUUGAUGUGAUUGACCAGCGCUAUGAUGUGUCAAGACAAUCCGCAUUAGCUUCUUUAAAGUCUGGAAACAAAAAAACCGCACUGAAACAUGCAAGAGAGUUAAAGAUCACCACAGAAAGUCGAAAAAAAGUUGCAUCUCUCUUAAACAGAGUGGAGGAAGUCCUAAAUGCUAUUGCAGACGCCGAAUCAACCAAAACGGUUUCUGAGGCUAUUCAAAUUGGUGCUCGGGUAAUGAAAGAACACGAGGUUAGUUGGGACCAACUCCAGCAUAGUUUGCAGGAACUAGAAGCAAGCAUCGAUAUACAAAAGCAAGUUGCAAGUGUUAUAGACUCAGCUCCAUCUGGCUCGAUUCUCGAAGAGGAAGAUAUCAAGGAGGAGUUUAAGAAGCUCGAGUUGGAAGUAGCAGGCCAAAACCUCGACGCAUCGACUUCAGACACUGGGGUUAAUAUUGCAACUGGUAACCAAGUUGCUACAGUUUCUGACGAUUCAUUGAGCGCUGCCUUAUCAAAUCUAAAGCUUGUUGAAGAAACAGGAAAGGAGACAGUAAUCCAGAAGUCAAAUUCUAAGAGCAAGUUGAAAAUAAUGGAGCUUAGCUGAUUCCAUCGUCCCGUUAUUGCUUUUACUUGAAAAUGUUAAACGUGCUUUGAGUAUUUAAAAAAAUCCACUAAGAAGCCCUACUAUGGGUCAGAAAAUACAAUCACAUGUAACAUAGUUCAUGGUGAAACCUAUUUUUCUUGAUUAUUCUUUAGAUUGUUUUGGAUAAAGUUGGAUGUAUAGUACUUAUCUACACACAGUUAAUGCACGCGCGUAUGAAUCCA